AUGGCGGAAAUACCACGUGAGGUGCUACGUUGGCUUCUAACACUUGAUAUUAAUCUGGAACAUAGAAACCUAAAAUGGUGUGUUUCCAACGGUAUUCUAGUGGCUGAAAUUUUGCACAAUUAUCAACCAAAAACAGUGAAUCUUGGAAAAUUUAUUGAUGGACAGAGUAUAAAAGUCAAGCUACAUAACUGGAACAUGAUUCAAGAGGUACUACAACGUUCGUGCAUCUAUUUGCCACCAGAUAUCAUUGAAUCUGCCGCCCAUAACAAAAGAAAUGCAGGAAUUAUUCUUUUGACCACUCUUCAUGAAAUAUUUUCAAAAAAGAAAGUGAGAGAAGGCUUAGCAAACUUCGACCCCACAGAUCUGGAAUACCAAUUUUCCUUACCAUUCUAUGCUAGAUCAUGUCUAGCAAAGUUCAUUAAAGAUAACCUAACCACUUCAGAAAUGGAGACUACACCAGAUUUAUUUACUAAUCAAAAAAAGGUUCAGCUGUUAGCUCUGGCUUACAAGAAUAUGAAAAUUACUGAGAGAAUUGAAGAACCAUGGAGAUUUAGAGUAUCACGAUCAUUAGCGUCACAAUGUCGACGUUCCGAACCGUCAAAAUCAAGCAAAGAGCCACGUCUUGAAGGAACAGGCACUAUGAUAUGCAGUGAAACAAUUGAUGACACUGAUCUUUUUUGACGUUUACUUCUUGAAAGACCUUGAUGGUGAUGAAGUGCUUACUGAGGGGUCGAAUUAAUCCCACAUUGAAACAUAAAAUAAAAACCCAAAUCGAUGUUUCGCUAAAUGAAUAACGGGUAACAGAACAAACACGAUCCACUUUGUUACCAACUAGUGCUCUUGAUUCUAUUAUUUCUACACACAGCAGCACCAACGACUUUGUAUGGUUG